AUGGGGGAAGCUCCACAGCGCACGCCGGCGCUGUCGCCAACUACAGUCGCGAACGCACUGCAUAGACGCACAUUCUGCCCCAAGACACAGCCUGGCGAUGCGGUAUUUGCUUUGGACGACGAGCCGCGCUUUCAAGCACAAACAGCGCCGACGGCGCGUGUUGCUGCCAAAAGCCCCAAGCACUACGGCAAAUCGUCCACGACCAAGACGCUUGAUAAGCUUGAGCACUGGCUGGGCCUAAAAGAAGCUGGGCCAAGUACGCAGCGCCCCGCCUAUGUCCAUGCGCCACAAAACCACGCGCACAAACAAACCGCCCAAGUCGGCAGCGUCGCACAUGCAGUACAGCAGCAUGCGCCGCUGCACACGCACGGAGUGAGUGUUCUUGUGCACCCUGUGGCUCCGUUUGAUACGCUGGAAGGAAUUGCGCUGCGGUACGGUGCUGACGUCUCCAUCGUUCGCCGAAGUAAUCGGUUAUGGCCCGGCGACGCGCCGCAAAUGCGCGAACAACUGUAUAUUCCUGUGGAGAGCUGCCGAUGGAAACCGCCGAAUGCGGAUAUUCGCGUAGUGCAGCGGCGUGCUGACGGUUCGCUGCACCCACUGCAAGAGGAAACGGUGGCCGUCGUCCCACGCAGGCACCGUUCGACGCCCAGCGAGGAAAUGGCGCGGCGUGUCAACCUACUUGCACUACCGAGCGGCCCCGAACACGAGCAGCAAAAAGUAAAGGGUGCGCCGGUCGAGUGUACCAGCGUCGACCCCGACAUGCUCUCUUUUUUCGGGAGAUGCGCGCCGACCUAUUUGGAUGACCCUGGCGAGUCGGGCUUGGACGAUUUGCUACGUUUGCAGCAGCGAAGACGCGUAGAGGGCAAGUCGCCUAAACCUGCCGGCAAGCUCAAAGCGCGAGCAACGCGCCCCGCAGAUACGCCCAAUGACGAGGAUACGUGGCGCCCGAAUGUAUGGAAAUUCGGGGCAAACGGCUUCGCGGAUACGCAACGCAGUGCAGAGUCAGGCGAGGCGGGCAGCGCUGCAAAACGGGCACCGAUCAUCUCGCGCCCAGCCGUGCGGAACCGCGCGGCGCACGACCAGACCGAGACGCGCAGUCAAGAUGCGCCGUUGAUCGAUUUACAGGACACGCCGAGCAUUUCGCACCCGCUUGAAGAUAUCAUUCGUGGAGCACUGCCAAAUUCUGGCGCCGCCGUGAACUGGAUGCGGCCAAUUCACUGGGGCGAGACACUGCCAGAGAAGCCUAACGCACCCAAACAGGAUACCAGCUCGGCGAUGCUGGACUUUUUUUCAGAGAUGGCCAAUGCAGGCGAAAAGAUGGGCUCUUCACUCGUGCAAGCAGUGCAAGACCUGCGCCAUAUCUCGCUGGGGGAUACGCGCAGGGCGCAAGCGGCACGGCAUACAGAGCUCCCCAUGUAG